ACUCUUUAUUUUUGUUUCAGGACACCGAAGAUGCUGUCGCCUAUUCUAGUAACAUUAGUGUUAAGAUGUGUUCGCGACUCAAUACUCUAUAAAAAGAUUGUCGUCAAAUCGUGUUAAAAAGCGUUCUCGUUAGUGUUUUUUCGUUGUUUUACUUUCAGUGUUUUUAUUUAUUUGCAAACUUGUUAAAACAAGUGAUCGAAAAUUAAGUCCCUGUUGAAAAUGAUGUCGACUCAAUCCGAGCCACCGAGAAAGACUCACUCGUCAACGACAAAUCAUCGGAAACACAGGUCGCGGUCUACGCCCAGAUUUUCGGAUUCUGAUAAGCCGAAAAAGAAAAGAACUUUAACAGCUGCGACAUCUUUAGUGUCAAUACCCAACACCAUUAAGCUGUCGAUGCUGAACAGCGGACUUUUGUCGACAGAAAAUGAAAAUGGUUCGAUGUUAGCCUCAAUAAAUGAAAAAGCCAUUCCAAUAAAAGAAUUUCCCAAGUUUGUGGAUCAACGGCGGAAAUUUCCGGUCCUUUUCAAGCUAGAAUUUCAGGUUGCCAUAAAAGUGGAGCAGCAUUCUUGCAGGCAUGCGUCCAAAAAGGCAAAUCUAAAGAAGAAUCAAAACCAAAGAUGCAUUCCUUAUGACUACAACCGGGUAGUUUUAGAGAAAGUUGGUGACGAAAAUGAUUCCGAUUACAUAAACGCUUCGUACGUUGACGUAAGUAUAACUACAUAUGUGUAAAAUUUACGUACUAACUGAAAUAGAUGCACACAUGCAACAACUAUCGUUAACGUGUAUUAUAGAAUGCUGUGCGCAUUUUUGGCAACACUUCAAGAAUUUGAUUUUGCUUAACUAUAUAACUAAACAAACAGCA